CAGACCACAGCUAUGAGUCCGAGAUAGCGUUCCGAUACGCGAUCGAGCGCGUCAACAUGCACGAGAAGCACUUCGAGCUAGUUCCGAUCGUACGAUACGUUUCACCUGAGGACAGCUUCAAGACAGAACGGAAGGUGUGCGAGCUGGCAGCUGAAGGUGUUACAGCUGUCUUCGGUCCAUCCUCGAUGCUGACGUCCGGCAUCGUUGGGUCGAUCUGCAAGACACUCGAGAUACCGCACAUCAUCACGCACUGGGAUCCGGACCCACUCGGUGGCGUCGAUCCAGAGCUGCAAUCGAUGACGAUCAACCUGUACCCAGAAGCGGACGUACUGUCGCGCGCUCUCGCUGACCUGAUCGUUGACUAUAGCUGGAAGAGCUUCACCAUCAUCUAUGAUUCAGAUGAGGCCCUGAUGAGGCUGAAAGACAUCCUGCAGAUACACGGCCCAAGCGAUGCACCUAUCACAGUGCGACAGAUCGAUGAUGAUCCUGACUACCGGCCGCUUCUGAAGGACAUUCAGUCGUCCGGCGAGUCACACAUCAUUCUAGACAUUCACCCGGAGCGCAUCCUAGAGCUACUGCGCCAGGCGAAAGAGGUGAAGAUGCUCGAGGAGUACCAAAGCUACAUCAUCACGUCGCUGGACGCACACACGAUCGACUUCGAGGAACUGCGCUACUCGCGAUCGAACAUCACCGCACUGCGGUUGAUGGACACUAAGAGCUUCGACAUUAAGAAUGCGGUGCACGAUUGGGAGCAGGGAGAAGCUCGCAUGAAGAGACCGUUCCGUGUCUCACCUGAGCAUGUUCACACGGAAUCAGCGCUGUACAACGACGCGGUGAAGAUCUACGCCACUGCGAUUCGUGAGCUGGAUGCGACAGAGGAGAUAACGCCCUCGCGGCUGUCAUGUGGGAGUAAAAACCUUCGUCAGUGGCCUUUUGGGUUGCGGAUCAUCAACUACAUGAAAGUGAAAACGGAGCAUGGCAUCACGGGACCAAUCAUAUUCGAUGACUUCGGUCGACGAGCACACUUUCACCUCGACAUUAUCGAGCUGAGCAAGGACGAGGGCUUCAAAAAGAUCGCCACCUGGGACCCGACGCAUGGUGUCAACUACACUCGAAGUCAGGGUGAAGUGUAUUCUCAAAUCGUUGAGUCCCUCCAGAACAAGACCUUCAUCGUGGCGUCUCGAAUCGGCGCUCCAUUUCUCAUGUUCAAAGAGAAAAAAGAUGGCGAGUUCCUGGAGGGCAACAACCGCUUUGAGGGCUAUUCGCUUGAGCUGAUCGAUGGAAUUUCCAAAAUUCUCGGCUUUCAGUACCGGAUGGAGCUGGUUCCAGAUGGAAAGUACGGCUCCUAUAACAAGAUCACGAAGAAAUGGGACGGUCUCGUGAAACAUCUGCUCGAUAGGAAAGCUGAUCUGGCUGUGUGCGACCUGACAAUCACUUACGAGAGGCGUACAGCUGUCGAUUUCACGAUGCCUUUCAUGACGCUAGGCAUUAGCAUCUUGUACGCCAAGCCGCAAGGUUGUGACAUCCUACCAAAGGCAAUCUCGACUCGUCUCGUUGCCGGCAUGUGGUGGUUCUUCGCCCUUAUCAUGCUGUCCUCAUACACCGCCAAUUUGGCCGCUUUCCUCACGAUGGAGCGCAUGGACGCGACGAUCGAGUCGGCUGAGGACUUGGCCAAGCAGAGUAAGAUCAAGUAUGGUGCACUAAUGGGUGGCAGUACGAUGGCGUUUUUCCAGACCUCCAACUUCUCGACAUACCAGCGCAUGUGGGCUGCGAUGGAAUCCGCCCGACCAUCUGUCUUCACUAAAAGCAACGACGAGGGACGUGAUCGUGUCAUCAAGGGCAAGCGAAUGUACGCCUUCCUGAUGGAGUCAACCUCACUCGAGUACAUCACUGAACGAUAUUGUGACCUUACACAGAUCGGAGGUCUGCUUGAUUCCAAGGGUUACGGGAUCGCGAUGCCAGUCAAUUCACCCUACCGAACCGCGAUCAGUGGUGCCGUGUUGAAGAUGCAAGAAGAAGGCAAGCUGCAUCAACUAAAGACACGCUGGUGGAAGGAAAUGCGUGGUGGUGGGCAGUGUACGGAAGUACCAAAUGCAGCAGGUGAAAACGAGCUCGGUAUCGGCAACGUUGGUGGUGUGUUCGUUGUCUUGGCAUUGGGCUGUCUGUGUGCCUUCAUCAUCGGUAUCCUCGAAUUCCUGUGGAACGUACGUAAGGUGGCUGUGGAUGAGAAGGUAACACCAUGGGAUGCGCUCAAAGCCGAGCUGAAGUUUGCGCUCAACAUCUCAGUUACCUCUAAACCGGUCCACAAUACGCUCAGCGAAUCAACGGCAAGUGGGAAGAGCUCGCUAAGGUCGAAGUCGGAAUCGCGACGUGGGUCAGAACAGGCUGGCAGGACCAACAACGUUCGUACUGCGGCUAGCCUCACGAAUAUCGACAAAAUUGGCUUCAACUUUGACAAGAACUAACGUCAAGGUUUGUAGGAAGAUGUCCAAGAACUUGACGCUUUACUCUUUGUGUGUACGUGUUUGCAUAUC